UAAAGUUUAGGGAGGGUUAGAGAAGGCCACCGCUGAAAAGGGACAGACACAGGAAGAGAGGGGGCACUAUAGUAACAGAUGGACUUAGAGGGAUUACAUGAUUCAGGAUGGGUUUGUGUCAUAAAUUCCCAAGAAAGACAGUAAAGGGAGUAGAGUGGCUUGGAGAGAGACAUGCAGUCACUCCAUCGGUUCGCAUCUCCAUCGCAGGAGGAUUACACGGGGCUUGCAGCUGGAGAGGUAAGGGCCACUGAUGCUCAUACUGGAGGAGGAAAACUGACGCACAGAGAAAAGAUGAAGAGAGUAGCAACAGAGAGGGUAUUCAAGAUGGAGCAGCUGAACUAAAGUUGUGAAGGAGCUUUUUGAUUAAGGGCUUAUGAAGAAGGCAGAGAAAAACCACACUAGAGUGGCAGUGAAAGGCAGUGAAAUAUGUUUUACCAUGGUAGUUACUUCAUGAUGGACAUGAAAGACUACAGAGGGCGAGAACAAAGUCUGGAAUCAAUAGCUCCUCAUACUGAAGAAGUCAGGGCAACAAAGAGUAAUAUCCUGGAAUCCCUUGGUUCUCUCCCACUGUGCCCAAAUCAUCCACCUAAAUCUCCUCUUGUUCAUUUUUUCAUUCCUUCUGUCCCUCUUUCCCACGUGUAUCAACAUCAGAGCAUCUUGUCGUGCUCCCUGCUCUCUCUCUUUCUUUAUCUUCCUUUCUGUUAAUCCCACUGACUUUACAGUAUCGUUCCUCAUCUGUUUUCUUAUCUUCUUUCUUUACUGUUACAUCACGUUUUUAUUUGUUUUCUUUUUAAACCUGGCCGCCCAUAACCUCUUAAAACCCCCACAAAGCAUUUGUCCCACCCUCUCAGCUCCGUCUGUGGCUGUUUUCAUACCUUCUGUCCUGCUAUUCCCAUGUGCCUUGUCCUGUUCUGCCCCCUGUUUAUCUCACUUUGACCUUCCUCUCUCUCUUUCUGACCCCACCCGUACCUCCAUCUUCUCCCGCGUGGCCAUGCUGGAACGCAUGUCCCGUCGCUCUCGCUCCCUGCUCUCCCUCACCUUGACCUCUUUGGCUCUGGCCCUCUCCAUCCUGGCUCUCUGCACCUCAUACUGGUGUGAGGGCACUCACAAGGUGGUCAAGCCCCUCUGCCUGUCGCCUGUCAAAAUGAAGAACUGCGGUCAGAACAACAGUGAGCCUUACACCACAGAGAGUCCCACUCAGAACCCCUACAACCGCACGCUAUCUCCAGCCAGGAGAGAAGAGCUGGCUAAGAUCAGACAAAGGCAGCUGGCCAAUGCUGUCCACUACAUAUGGGAGACGGGCGAAGACAAGUUUGCUUUUAGAUACUUCCACACAGGCUUCUGGGAAAGCUGUGAAAAACACAGUGAUGGGGAGAAGUGUCGCAGCUUUAUAGACUUAACUCCAGGAGAAACUCAAGGUGUGCUCUGGCUGUCAGUUAUUUCUGAGUUUACAUACAUCGGUCUGCUGGGAAUGGGGUUCUUACUCAUGUGGCUGGAAGUCUUGUGUUCCCAUAAAGAGAUGCACUCACUAAAAAUCAAUGCCUAUGCAGCUAUGUGCACUGUGCUAUCAGGUCUUCUUGGGAUGGUGGCACAUAUGAUGUACACCACAGUGUUUCAGAUGACAGUAAUUGUGGGCCCCAAAGACUGGAGGCCUCAAUCCUGGGACUACGGCUGGUCAUUUGCUCUCGCCUGGGUGUCCUUCAGUUGCUGCAUGGGAGCUGCUGUCGUCACGCUCAACUCCUACACAAAGACCAUCAUCGAGCUUCGCCGCAGACAGAGACUACGUUUAGAGGAAGCCAGAGCCACCACUCACGCCCCAUCCUAUGACGAGGUGGUCCCAGGGGGAGGGCUCUACUCUGUCAGCGGCCUAUUGCAAUGUCCAGAUGGGAUGAUUGAUGUGGCGUGGGCUCCAAAUGGCAGCGUAGUCGGAGUGGGAAAUGGGGAUGUACCAACUUUGGUUUUAGUAGGAGGCUGCGGCCCUGAGGGGUGUGAGGACUGUGAGAGAGAGAUGGAUGAGAUGGGGGAAGCCAUGGACCGAGUUGAUUCACCUUGUUAGGGCAUCAGUAACACGUAUCAACUGAAAGGGCUGAAAAUCCGAAAAGGAAAGACACUUUAACCAAGGUGGAGAAGGUCAAUGCAAGCAAACACAUCCUUUCUUUCUCGUCGUCCA